CCUCAUCCUACGUAAGACCGUCGCUCCGCCUCGCUCUCCUAUCAGACCGUUUCCCCUACCGCAUCCAUUUUUGUGCAUUCAAGAAAUCUCUUGGAGUUAGCGGCGGCAACUCAGAGGGAAUCGUGGGGAAGGUUGUGAGCGAGGACGCCGAUAACCGCAAUAAGGGAUCGCGCGCCCCGCCAUUGGACGAUGCGCGAGAGCUCUCCAUUCGCUGCAGCAGCCAUGGGUUAGACUGCAUUCACCAUGAUUGCGAAAUAAAAGGAGCAGCUACACCUGAAAAUGACAGCUCGGGGGGCCCCAGCCGCAUCCCCUGCGGCUCCUGCUCCGCCGGACAUGCCGGAUCUGAGCCACCUCACCGAGGAGGAGAGGAAGAUCAUCCUCUCGGUCAUGGACCGACAGAAGAAAGAAGAGGAGAAAGAGCAGUCCAUGCUGAAGGAACCUCCUAAGGAAGACACAAAGCCUCAGCCAGCUCAGUGGAACCCUUUCAGUGGAAUCACUGAGCUGGUUAGUAAUGUUCUUCAGCCCCAGUCAAAGUCCCCCAGUGAGGAGGAGCCAAAGCCGAAGUUGCACCAGCAGUUUGAGAUGUAUAAGGACCAGGUGAAGAAGAUCGGUGAGGAGGCUCAGAAGAAUCCGGAGCAGAAGGGAGACUCGCCCAUCUGUGGGAUCUGCCACAAAACCAAGUUUGCCGAUGGCUGUGGCCACGUCUGUUCCUAUUGCCAAAAUAAGUUCUGCGCACGCUGUGGAGGACGCGUCUCGCUCCGAUCCAACAAAGUAAUGUGGGUAUGCAACCUGUGCCGAAAACAACAAGAAAUCCUCACCAAGUCGGGAGCGUGGUUCUACAGCGGUCCUGAGGGGUCCAGAUCAGGGUCCCAAGCCAAAGUAAGAAGGGGCCCCGCAGGAGCACACCAGGACCCUCUCAGAAACGGUUCAGGGCUCCCCUCAGACAGAAACAGAAGCCCAUCAGCAUCCAGGGACCCAAACGCGGCAUAUAACCAAAGGGAGGGGGAAGGAGGAUUGCAGUAUGCCCCGGCUGAAGGUGGCAUGCCUCGCUCUCCGUCCGACUACGGACGUGACCCUGGCCGUUCGCCAAGGAGUUCAAGAAUGUACAACGAGGUGGGAGAUUAUCGAGACAGUCGAGGACGUUGGCACUCGCAAGGCCAGCGUUUGGACGGCCAGUUAGACGAUUAUGAACUCCAGAGGCGCCGUGAGGAGGAAUACCAGGCCCGUUACCGCAGUGACCCCAACCUGGCGCGCUACCCGGUCAAACCCCAGCCCUACGAGGAGCAGAUGCGCAUCCAUGCCCAGGUGUCACGGGCUCGGCAUGAGCGGCGCCAUAGCGACGUCUCGCUUGCGUAUACAGAACUUGACGAGCCUCUGCAUGGCCCCGGUGUGCGAAAGUCCCGCCUCCCUCUAUUGGGAGGUCCAUGUCAACUCUCAUACUCUGAGGACCGGAGCUCACCGGGACAUCGGAUGUCGAAUCAUAGCCCACCAACACCACACCGCAGCCCUGUGCUGGGUGAAAGCCGGCGAGGACUGGCGGAGCCGACAAGGAAACCCAUACCCCAACAGCACCACUUGGACCCUAGCUCAGCUAUGCGCAGGAACAAUCGGGACAAAAUGGAUAGCAUGCUGCGAAAUGACUCCCUAAGCUCAGACCAAUCCGAAUCGGUUCGGCCUCCUCCGCCUCGACCCAACCGAAGCAAACGCCUUGGCAAGCUCAGAACCAUGGGCAGCUUCAGCAGCUCAGAGGAGGAGUUGGCCACCACGCCAGAGUACACCAGCUGUGAGGAUGUGGAGCUGGAAAGUGAGUCCAUCAGUGAAAAAGGCAACAUUCAAAGGGGGAAAAGAAAAACAAAUGAGCAGGCAUAUUUUUUGGACGCCAGUUAUGCCCUGUCUGAAAGGCAAAAGCGCUCCCACAACGACGACGCGGAGUGGUGCGAGCCGCAGGUCAAAGAUUCAGGGGUUGACACGUGCAGUAGCACCACACUAAACGAGGAGCAUAGCCAUAGCGACAAGCACCCGGUGACAUGGCAACCUUCCAAAGAUGGAGAGCGCCUAAUAGGGCGGAUAGUGCUAAACAAGCGGAUGAAAGAUGGCACAGUUCCCAGAGACACGGGGGCAUUGCUGGGCCUCAAGGUCGUGGGAGGGAAGAUGACAGAGUCUGGCAGGCUGUGCGCUUUCAUCACGAAGGUGAAGAGAGGAAGUCUAGCAGACACUGUCGGCCAUCUACGACCAGGUGAUCAGGUUCUGGAGUGGAACGGGAGGGUCUUGCAGGGAGCCACAUUCAAAGAAGUUUACAAUAUAAUUCUAGAAUCCAAGCCAGAGCCCCAGGUGGAGCUGGUGGUCUCACGGCCCAUUGGAGAUGCCCCUAGAAUACCAGAGAGCACACAUGGACAACUUGAAUCAAGUUCAAGUUCCUUCGAAUCCCAAAAAAUGGGUCCCUCUAUCUCUGUCACGUCCCCCAUGAGUCCUGGCAUGCAUCGGGACAACCCUCAGUAUCUGUCUGGACAGCUCUCAAGUCCAUGCCUUAGUAGAAGAACCACGCCUUUUGUCCCUAGGGUCCAGGUCAAGCUAUGGUACGAUAAAGUGGGACAUCAACUCAUUGUCACUAUCUUGGGCGCCAAAGAUCUCCCUUCACGAGAAGACGGGCGGCCGAGGAAUCCCUACGUCAAAAUCUACUUCCUCCCUGACAGAAGCGAUAAAAGCAAGAGGAGAACGAAAACAGUGAAGAAAUCUCUGGAACCCAAGUGGAACCAGACGUUCAUGUACUCGCCAGUGCACAGGCGAGAGUUCAGGGAACGGAUGCUGGAGAUCACGCUAUGGGACCAGGCCAGAGUCCGAGAGGAAGAAAGCGAGUUCCUGGGAGAGAUUCUGAUAGAGCUGGAGACAGCGCUGUUGGAUGAUCAGCCUCAUUGGUAUAAGCUCCAAACGCACGACGUGUCCUCCAUGCCGCUGCCUAACCCCUCACCCUACAUGCAGAGACGUCUCCUACACGGAGAGAGCCCAACGCGCAGGUUACAGAUCAAGAGCCCGUAUUUAUACAACUCAGGAUCACAGAGAAUCAGUGAUGGCGAGUUCUCUGAUUACGACUGUGAGGACGGGAUCGGUGUUAUCUCAGAUUACCGGCACAAUGGCAGGGAUUUCCAGAGCUCCACUCUGUCUGUACCUGAGCAGGUCAUGUCAUCCAAUCACUGUUCACGAUCAGACAUGAUGCGCACACGUUCACGCUCACCCAGCGUUCCUCCCCCACAAAGUCGAAGUUUAGACCAUGGUGUGAGAGGAGCACCAUCUCUUUACGGCCCCCGACAACACCUGUCCGAAGACAGAUACUCACCAGACAGCCAGUAUCUUACCCUCCCUCCUCGAGCCAGACACAGACAGCCAACCAUCGACCCCGCUAUCCAGGACCCCAGCAUGUGCCCUCUCUAUCGGGAAGACGCGGUCAGGUUACUGCGCUCCACUAGGAUGGCCCGUGCAUACUCAGAAGGGUACAAUAGCGUGGACAGGAGGAUGAGGAGAGAUAGACAAAUGUCUACCUACAGUGAUUCUUUUGAUUCACCUGAGAGAUAUUACAAUGGGCCCAAUCAUGUAUCUACUCCAUGGCCCAAUCAUGUCAUGAAUGGAACCAGUGGGGACUACAGGUAUAGCCGCAGCAUGGUGGACAGACAUGACCAUUACAGGUCCAGGUCAGCUGACCAGCGGCCCAUGAUGGAGCGACCGGUCUACACCCGCUCCCGCUCCUCUGAGCGGCCCGACUCCGGCUACAUGAGAUCCAUGCCGUCCUUACCGUCAGGGAGAUCCGCUCCUCCCUCUCCUGCCUUAACGAGGGCAAAUCCCCGCAGCGGAUCGGUCCAAACAAGUCCCACCACCACGCCGGUAUCGAGUCGAAGAGGUCGGCAGCUACCGCAAGUCCCACCGAAGGGCUCUAUGGACAGAAAAGAUGGCGAGGGCAUUACUGAGCCUUAUGAAGCAGGAACAGGGAUGGUACCUCAGGCUCCUUCUCCUAUUCUUUCCCAGCUUCCACAGUCUGUGGCUGGUAAAUUAUAUUUGGACACAUGAGAUACUGUAUAUCAGUCAAAUGCGAAUAUGAUCUUUAUGUUCUGAGAGUAAUUGCAUUUGCAUCAGAGUUUGUUAAUAGACUACGUAAAUAAAAUUUUAAAUAAAAUUCAGAAUUAUAUUUGCAUUUGUACUGCAGCACGUUAGUUAGUAUGUUCAGUCAGUCUAUCAGUUUGUAGAUUAAUGUAAGUUUUUGUUUCUUCUAUUUUUAUAUUUCUCACCCUCAUGUCUGAUGGCAUACUUCUGUCUUUCUGUUUUUUUACUCUCAUUUCUGUCUGAAUG